AAUAUUUGGGAUGUAGAUCUAAUUACACUUAGAAAAUUAUUAAAUACUAGAAAGGAACCAUUUGUAAAAAUUCCAUAGCAUAUAAAAUACGCAUAUGGCGCUCAUCCAUAAACUCCCUUCUUUUCUUGCUUACCUCUAAAUAUCUUCUUACUUGUCUAGUCUAACCAAACACCCCAAAAAAAUCACAAAUAUGAAGGAAGAUAUAGAGCAAAGUGAGAACAGAACUCCUCUUAUCAUCCAAACAAAUAAAAGAGUAACUGAAGAGAAGGCUGAAAAUGGAUGCUAUGAGAAGAAACAAAACAGGUGCAUGGUUUACCUCAGCACAUUUGUUGCUGUCUGUGGUUCCUUUGCAUUUGGAUCUUGUGUUGGCUAUUCAUCACCAACACAAUCCGCCAUCAGGGAGGAUCUUAAUUUAUCUAUAGCAGAGUUCUCGCUCUUUGGUUCAAUAUUGACAUUUGGUGCGAUGAUUGGAGCAAUUACAAGCGGCCCAAUUGCUGAUUAUAUUGGCCGUAAAGGGGCGAUGAAAAUGUCAAGUGCUUUUUGUGUUGCUGGAUGGUUAGCCAUAUACUUUGCUCAGGGAGCUCUUUCUCUGGACAUUGGAAGAUUGGCAACAGGAUAUGGAAUGGGAGUUUUUUCUUAUGUGGUGCCUGUAUUUAUAGCUGAAAUUGCACCUAGAGAUCUACGAGGAGCUUUGACAACCAUAAACCAGCUGAUGAUAUGUUGUGGAGCCUCAGUGGCCUUCAUUAUAGGAACCAUGCUGACCUGGAGGACUUUGGCAUUAACAGGAUUAAUUCCAUGUGCUAUUCUCCUUUUCGGUCUCUUUAUCAUUCCAGAGUCUCCUCGGUGGUUGGCAAAAAUAGGACAUCAAAAGGAGUUUGAACUUGCACUCCGCAGACUUCGAGGCAAAGAUGCUGACAUAUCUGAGGAGGCAGCUGAAAUCCAGGAUUAUAUUGAAACCCUUGAAAAGCUUCCCAAAGUCAACUUGUUUGAUUUGUUUCAAAGAAGAUACUCGAGCUCACUCAUAGUGGGAGUUGGACUUAUGGUGUUUCAACAGUUCGGUGGAAUCAAUGGAAUCUGUUUCUACACCGGUAGCAUAUUUGAGUCCUCAGGGUUCCCUUCGGACAUCGGAACUAUAAUCUAUGCAAUUAUACAGGUUCCCAUCACCGCUUUGGGUGCUGCCUUAAUUGACAGAGCUGGAAGAAAACCUCUUUUAUUGGUUUCUGGAACAGGACUUGUCAUAGGCUGUAUACUAACAGCAAUCUCAUACUAUCUGAAGGGACAUGAACUUGCAACAAAGGCAGCACCAAUACUUGUUGUAACAGGCUUACUGGUCUAUAUCUCGUCCUUUUCAGUCGGAAUGGGAGCAGUUCCCUGGGUUGUGAUGUCGGAGAUAUAUCCUAUAAAUAUUAAAGGGGCUGCUGGUAGCCUUGCAACACUGGUGAAUUGGUUCGGGGCAUGGGCGUGCUCCUACACUUUCAACUUCCUAAUAACCUGGAACUCUUUCGGUACUUUCAUGCUUUAUGCUGCAGUCAAUGCACUCUCCAUUUUGUUUGUGAUCAAGAUAGUACCUGAAACCAAAGGAAGAACUUUGGAACAAAUCCAGGCUGAUAUCAAUGCAUCAUAAUACCUAAGCACCUUUGCUCAUCUGAAAUUUAUCAAAUAGCCAAAGAGAUGAUCACAGGAUGCGUGCUACCAGUUGAAAUUACAUUCUCAUAUUCAUCCUGUGAUUUUCCAAAGAUUUAAAACAUUCAAGUGCUCAUUACACCAUGGACCACAUUCGCCAUUUACUUAAGGUAUUGAACACUGUAAUCGAAAAAAAUGAUUAGCAUGAGUUGUUCCAGUAGUUUUUUUUUUUUUUUCCUCCCUCUUUGUAACUGCAAAAGAAUAUCUUUCCAAGUUGUGGGAUCACAUUUUUUAACUGUACUCAUUGAUUUAUAUGCAGAACCCUAGCUUUCUGCUUGCUUCAUUCUUAA